UGGAUUAUGACAGAAGGGAAUUAGCUGUAGUUAGCUAACUUUAUAAAAACUAAUAUUUAUAUAAAAUAGAUCUUACCUUACAUAUAUCUAAUGUAUAAUGUAUCACGGUAGUUUAUUUUUAUUUUUGCAGAAACAGUGGAUAGCCGUAAUGUUUCACAACUCAUUGCAGUCGUGAAGCUAGUUAGCCAAGUUGCAAUAACUUUUGUUAGUGUUGUAGCUUGCUAGCUGACUUUCCAGCUACACAGAUUUUUAAAAAUACUUAGAAUACUAGCUAGUCAGUUCGCUGUUUUCAUGAACUACGAAGUUGCUGUGCUGUCAUACUAAACUGACUCCGUCGGGUGAAAGUCACCUAGCUACAGCUACGAUAGCUCUGUUAGUUUGCUUGGGAGUUUGCUGGAUAUUUUCUGUAGGAGUGUAGUGACGGGUGACGAGUGAUCGAAGAUGGCUGUGCCGUUUGUACAGGACUGGGAUUUGGUACAGACUCUGGGUGAAGGUGCAUAUGGAGAAGUGCGGCUGCUGGUGAACAGGAAGACGGAGGAGGCGGUGGCAGUGAAGGUGCUGGACGCGUCGCGGGCCAAGGACUGCCCGGAGAUCAUCCGGAAGGAGGUGUGCAUCCACAAGAUGCUGUCGCACCCCAACAUCGUGCGCUUCUUCGGGCACCGGCACGAGGGACACACGCGCUACCUCUUCCUGGAGUACUGCAGCGGGGGGGAGCUCUUCGACCGCAUCGAGCCGGACGUGGGCAUGCCUGAGAAAGAAGCUCAGCGUUUCUUCCAGCAGCUGAUUGCAGGCGUGGAGUACCUGCACAGUGUGGGGAUCACACACAGAGACAUAAAGCCAGAGAACAUUCUCCUGGAUGACAAAGAUAACGUGAAGAUCUCGGACUUCGGGCUGGCCACCAUGUUCCGCCAUAGCGGGCGGGAGCGGAGGCUGUCUCGGCUCUGCGGGACGCUGCCCUACGUGGCCCCGGAGCUGAUGAGCCGCGCAGAGUUCAGCGCCCAGCCCGCAGACACCUGGGCCUGCGGCAUUGUCCUCACCGCCAUGCUGGCUGGAGAGCUGCCGUGGGACCAGCCCACUGAAAGCUGUCAGGAGUACUCUGAUUGGCUGCAGAAGAACACCUACCUCACACCCUGGAAGAAGAUUGACGCCAUGCCUCUUAGUCUGUUGACCAAGAUUCUGUUGCAUGACGCAGAGAAGAGGAUCACCAUCCCUGACAUCAAGAAGGACCGCUGGUUCUGCAAGAGCUUCAAGACGGAGGUGAAGCGGCAGACUGACUCUCUGGGUCAUGUGACCAAGCUUCUGCGGUCCGACUCUGAACAGGCCCCCCUCUCCCGCACCGGCAGUGAGGACCGGGCGCAGAUAUCCAGCUCCCAGCCGGAGCCAGUGGGCAUGUGGUCCUGGGACUCCGGCAUUACCGUCAGUGACCACACGGGGGCGCUGCAGGUCAGCUUCUCCCAGCCGGCCUGCGCUGACCACAUGCUGCUGGGCAGCCAGCUCCUGGGCACGCCUGGGUCCAGUCAGACGCCGUGGCAGCGCCUGGUUCGGAGGAUGACGCGGUUCUUCACCACUCUGGGGCUGGAGCCUUCCUGCGCCUCUCUCAGAGACACCUGCGCAAACAUGGGCCACACCUGGAAACAGACCUGCACCAAUCAGGCAACCGUCUCCACAAUGGAUCGUCGUAACAACAAGCUGAUCUUCAAGGUGCACUUCCUGGAAAUGGAGGAGAGGAUUUUGGUGGACUUCAGGCUCUCAAAGGGCGACGGCUUGGAGUUCAAGAGGCUCUUCCUGAAAAUCAAGCGGCAGCUCAAUGACGUCAUCAGCAGCCAGAAAGUGUCGCUACCCGUCACAUGACGGGGGAGACCGAAGCACAGACUCGCCCAUGCCUGCACCCGCACCGCCACACACACUGUACACGCAUGUUUCCCUGAAGAGCAGGGCAAGGCCUGUCCUUCACUCACACCAUUCACUGCUCCACUGUUCCGUUUCCUGUCAACCCUUCUAAUCCGUCAGAUGUGAAAUGGGUGUCAGAGCCAUCCUGUUACCUUUUUCGUCAUACCCCUGGCAGUAUUCUGAGCGGUUUUGCAAAUGAUUUUAUAUGAAAUUACUGUAUUUGGAUCUUGCAGAAGUGCAGACCCUUUUGUCGUAGAUAAAGUGAUGUUCUCGUAAUGGGGAGGAGAAAUGAAUGAGUCAGUUCAGGGCGAAGCCACCACGUGUUUGGUUGGCCGAUCGGUUCACCGAUGGA